AUGCUCACCCGAUUGUGUUCGUCUAUUUUCCAUUCCGGUUAUCUUCAACGUUCGUUUGCAGUGUGUAACACGUUACGUUUACAUUCAACAACAAGUUCAGCUAAUAAAAAUUCACAAAAACCGGCAAAGAAAAUAAAAACACCCGCGGGUAAAUUAGAUGAAGAUGCUCACCCUGAUGCAGAACGAGAACCGUUAAAACCGUGGCCCAAUAACACAAAUCCGCACACUGGUGAAAUCGGUGGACCAAGUGGACCUGAACCGACACGUUACGGUGAUUGGGAAAGAAAAGGCAAAUGUGUGGAUUUUUAG